AUGACUGACCGGCCCGUGAUCAUGGACCCGCCUGCUCGGAGGACCAGCCAUAUGCCGGCGCAAACCUCAGGAGGCUUCCCGUCGCCGACGCUGGACCAUGCCAGCGCCAACCCCAAGUUUGUGGACGACUGCACGCGCAUGACUUAUGCGAUCCAGCAGAGUCUUCCCGAGGCCGUCCGACGCAUUGUGCGGGACCACUGGGAAAAGUGCCUGUUGGGCACAGAGUUUCAUCAAGCUUUCAUCGUAAGUUGCAUAUCUCAUAUUAAUUACCCUCUUUAUGUCUCGGUAUUUCCACACUUUACCCGCAUUCAUUCAUCUAUUCUUUUGACGCGCCCCCAUCCCGAGCAUCCAUGCCCUCGCCCUCGCCUCUUGUCCUCGCGCUUGCUCCCUGUAAUGGGCAGAGUUGCUCUUGCCGGUGGGGAGCUGUGGAAAGAUACUCUGGUCAGUUGCAGGGCAAGAGUGGAUGGCUUGCUUGUUCUUUGCCUGCCACCAGCUGCUUUCUUUAUACCCUCGUAUCUAUGA